AUAUCAGACACAGCUGAAAUGUAAAGCUCGAAAGAUCACAGAGGGUACAUGGAAACAAAGCUGUAGUCUCCUACCAGAGAGAUGUAGAAAUGAGAUGACUUUCUCUUACACUCCUCUUGUGUUAGAUACAGACGUGCAUUCAUCUCUCUCUAAAAUCAAAAUGAAGAGCAAAAGAUGCAAGAAAACUCGCCUUAAAAAGCUAAAGAGCUUCAUCCCCAUGGCCAAACAGGAAACAUCCCCGGCUGACCUGCUUAAAACACCCGAUAGAAGGAUCCUCUUAGUUGGAAAACCUGGAAUUGGAAAGACAACAGUCGCCCAUCAAAUGUUGAACCUCUGGGCAGAGAAAGAUCACAGAGAACUAGAUUACAUGUUUUAUUUUGAUGUGAGAGACAUUUCACCCAGCACAAAUCCCAUGAGACUGGAGGACCUUCUCUUUGACAUGUACAGUGAGCCAGAAGAAAGUAGAGAAGACGUGUUACAGGAUAUUAAGAAGAACUCUGAAAACGUUGUCAUCAUUUUUGAUGGAAUCACAGACCUCUCCUCUCAUUCAGUAAUAAAGAAACUUGUGGACAAGGACCUCCUCCCUGAUGCGAAGAUUGUGAUCACAUGUAGACCAGAGGUUCCAUCAGAAGACUUCCUGACAGACUGGCCCUCGUUCAGAGCCGAGGUGAAAGGGUUCAGUAAUGAGUCCAUCCAGGCUUUCUUAACGAAGAUGCUGAGUGCUGAGCCUAACCCUAACCCAAACCAUGACUCCUUGAGCAGUGUGUUAAACAACCUAGAGUUGUUCAGUCUGUGCCAUGUCCCGAUGUAUGCAUUGAUGGUGGUUGCCUGCAUUCAUUAUUAUACCCCAGAUGCUUCUAAGCAGCCAUGGCCUACAACUAAGAUGUACAUCAACAUCCUCCGUUACUGCAUCCUAAAACACAGUGGCAAACAACUGAAGGAUCUCGACAAGUGUCUCGUAGAAAACAGAGAAAAAAUAUUGUCUUUAGCAGAAAUUGCUUUUGAUGCAACACAGCAAAAAACGAUGAACUUGACAGCACUGAGCUGCGAAGUAAGCAGUGUCCAGUUUGCUUUCUUGGGUGCGCUUAUGAUUAUGGUCGAGCCCACAGCAUCAGACACUUACUCUGCAUUUCUCCAUUACACAAUGCAGGAGUUCUUUGGUGCCCUUUGGCUCUUACAGAAUCCAGGCAAAAUCAGAGAGGUUCUACAGAAGUGCCAGACUGAAGAAUGGAAACACACAAAACACGUGGUUCCUUUCUUGUGUGGGCUUCUGAAUGAGAGGAAUAUUCGAUUGGUAAAUGGUCUAGUUCCAGCUCAACAGAUCAAGAAGACGUCAGAUUGGUUCUUCAAGGAAGUGGUGAACACAUUUCUUCCACUUCAAACAAACCACGAUCAUGCAGAAGGUGGGGCUCCUGAGUUUGAGAUAGAUCUUCUGUUUUUAUGUCAGUGCUUAUAUGAAUCUCAGUCCACUGAGGCCUGUCUGCUUCUUCUGGACAAACUGGACUACAAUCUACACCUGGAUGAAGAACAUCUUGAUCCUCGCCAGUGCUGUGCAGUCUCCUAUGUGAUCAGUCAGUCUGCAGAGAGAAAGGUUGGCUUGGACCUGAACAGCUGUACUGUGUCAGACCACCAAGGACUAAGGCUGAUACUGGGCUCUCUGAAGAAUGUCCGAUAUCUUGGAUCUGACCCCUCAAUGCUGUGUCAACUCUGGACAACUUUGCUGCGCAGUGAGGCAGACAUUGACUUCACCAGCUUACUUGGUCUUUGUGGAAAUGAGUUGCACCUUCCAGUCCUCGGUGAAAUACGAAUGUUUGAGAGAGCAGAAGAAGUGAUGAAGCAGAGCCUAGAGAGGGUUAACCUCUGUCUACACUGGGAUCGGAGAACUCUUCUCAGUGAAGCUCUCAGCAAGACCAUUUUAAAGUGUUUAACACAUAUCAACAAACUCAGUUUUACCCCACUACAAGAUCAGAGAGGAUCCCCUGAAAAACUGGAGAAAGAAGAGAAAGCAGUCCUACUAGAUUUGUGUCUACAAGCAGCACUAUAUCACAGAGAAACGUUCCAGGGAGCUGUGAACACACUGCUGUCACUGUUCUCUGUGUAUCAAACUGAGAGAUAUGACAUCCUGCUGGAUCUGUACUCGCAUGUGAAGUACAAUAGGAAACAAGCAGGCAGGGGUAUCCUUCCAUCAUUGAGGCCACUUUACCAGCCAGCUCCAGCAGUCUGGUUCAUAGACCUCUCAGAGAGAAAGGCCUCCCUCCUCCUAGAAGUGCUGAAACUCCAACCUGAGAAAAAAUCCAUUGAGCUGAAAGGCUGGUCAGAUGAAGAGAGUGAAGUGAGGAGUUUCCUUCAGUGUCUGCCUUACAUCUCACAGCUCAGGUUUGCUGCACCACAGUAUCAGAUAGGAUCCCCUGAAGAGUGGCGAAAGCGAGAGAAGACAUUCCUACUGAAUCUGUGUCUUCAAGCAGCCCUCCAUGAGAGAGAAACCUUACAAACAACUGUAGAGAAAGUGUGGUCACUGUCUGACAUUUAUUGCGAACGGAAAUGGGAUCUCCUGCUGGAUCUGUACUUCUGA